CUCCUCCCGUACUGAAUGUAGGCGGCGGGAGUCUCGUUAGGAGAUAAACACUGGCCUCUGUUCAUGAAUAUCAGCAAUGAAACUCACAUUAUCUGCAGGUUAUCGCUGAAGUACAGCUGUGUUUUAUUUAAUUACAACUUUUACACAAAUACUGGAGUGGUUUAAGCUGUGCUGCAUGUAAUCUCGGUGCUGUAGCCGCAUUUACUCGGACUUUAUGCUCUAAUCUUUUGAUACAUCCGUUAGUCUGUGAGCUAACUUCUCAUCUGUCAGGAUGCAGGCGGUGGAGGAGUCCUCCCUCUCUGACAGAGUUGAGCAGAUAGCUGUGAGGGAGGAUGACAAAUCAAAAGAAGAGGAGAGUGAGAAAGAUGGAGGUGAACAGACAACACAGACUACUGAAGAGACCAAGGAUGAUGAGGGGAAAGAUGAGUUGAAAGACAAGGAGACAGAAGAGCAGAAAGAGGGGACGAAGGCAGACGACGAGAUGAAUGGAGGCGUGCAGGCUCCUGCAGAGGAGGAAGAAGAUUGGGAAAUUCCAUACAGCGAUGAGGAGAUGGAGGACCCAAAGACCUGGAUGCCUCAGCCACAGGAGAUAAAGCACCUGUAUGAGUUGCUGGCUAAAGGAGAAGAACUGGAGCUGAAGUGGGUUCCUCUCCCCCGAAGACCACCCACUCCCCCACGCACCCCUUCACCGGAGAGAGACGGUGAAGACUCUCAGGAGGCCAAGGAGGACGACAGCCAGUGCAAAGCUCCGUCACCGACUGAGUUUGACUUUGAUGAAGAGCAAACCAUGGCGACUCCUAGGAACUCCUUCCUCAGCCGACGCAGGACGCCAGGCUCGUCCGCCCGCUCCUCAGUGAAGCGUGAGGCCCGGCUGGACAAGGUUCUCUCCGACAUGAAGCGGCACAGGAAGAUCGAGGAGCACAUCCUCAGAACAGGUCGUGAUCUUUUCAAAAGUGAAAAACCGCCCCCCAGGCCGCCCCCUCAGGAGCGCUUAUCUCCCAACAGCCAGCGGGAGCGAGAGAAAGAGAGAGAGAGGGACAGCGACCCCAGCACUGUCUUCAGCCCCAGGCAGAGGAGAUACUGAAGAACCUCCCACACAAACUGUUCAGCACGGACCCUCAUUUUUCAGGAGGGCUGUGAUUUAACUUAAUUUUUAAUAACGGGUUUAAUGUUCAUGACGUUUCUUUAAAAAAACAAACAAACAAAAAACAAUCAGCUGUAUAUGCGUAUGUGUGUGGCUUUGAGUGAGUGAGAGGUCGAGUAUGUGAAAAAGAGAAUUUUUUUAACUUGAAUAAAUGUAUGUUCAGAUGGUAGCUGUUUGAUUUUAGGAAAUGUAUUGUUUGAAACUAAAUGAGCGAUAUAAAAUACAUCAUAUUGUCGCCGUCAAAAAAGCUGUUUAUUUUUUUUAUAAUCUGGCAUCUGUUAUUUAUAUUGUCAGAAUUUCAUGAGAAAUGAACCAAUGUAAAUGCUCCAAAAUGAUUGGAAAUAAAGGUCUUUUACAUUGGCUUUC